AUGGCUCCUGCAGAACCACUUCCCUUGACGGCCAGAUGCAAGCAUUACGAGUCCUCCGACGAAAUGCCUGUCGAGAUUAAAAAAUAUUGGCGGCAGCGCAAGGAGCUGUUCUGUUUCUACGACGAUGACAUCUUUAUGACAGACGAGGCUUGGUUUGGAGUCACCGCUGAGCCCAUAGCCAAGUAUCUCGCUCAAAAGGACAUCGCCAGCAAGUUCCACGGCCCACGCCCCCGCUCCCGCAUAAUUAUUGAUCUCUUCGCCGGAGCAGGAGGCAACACCAUCGCCUUCGCCCGCUCAGGCCAUUGGGACCUAGUCAUCGGCAUAGAAAUCGAUGCUCCCACCCUAGCCUGUGCCCAGAACAACGCCGCCGUCUACGGCCUCGCAGACCACAUCCUCUGGAUCCACGGCGACUGCGCCGACUUCCUGCGCCGCCUGAAGCACCAUCCCGAGACUUUGGACGCUACCCUGCAGCAGCGCCAGACCCGGUUGGGGAAACACAUCCAGCUGUUUGCGAGCCCCCCCUGGGGCGGGCCCAUGUACAAGGGCGCCGAGGUGCUGGACCUGGAAGCCAUGGAGCCCUUUGGGGUAACGGAUCUGCAUGUCAUGUGUGCGCCGAUGGCACAUGCCAUGUUCUUGCCGCGAAACGGGGACCUGAGCCAGCUUGCGCGGCUGAUGCCAGACGAGAGCGACGAGAAGCUGGAUGUGGUGCAGUACUGCAUCAACGGGGUCAGUAAGGGCAUGGUGGCUUACUAUCCGACAGAACAGGACCGCGCCAUUUCCUGA